AUGUCGGACGAUGAGGACUUUAUGCAAGAUUCGGACCAGGACGGAUAUGACUUCGAGUACGAGGAAGAUGACGAUGACGAGAGCGGAGAUGUGGAUAUUGAGAACAAAUACUACAAUGCUAAACAACUGAAGGCAUCAGAGCCAGAAGCAGCCAUCGCCGAGUUUCUUGCGGUGCCAGCGCUAGAAACAGAGAAAGGAGACUGGGGAUUUAAAAGCUUGAAACAGGCGAUAAAGCUGGGGUUUAAGCUUGGUCAAUAUGACAAGGUCGUGGAAUACUAUACCGAGCUUUUGACCUACGUCAAAAGCGCCGUCACACGCAACUAUUCCGAAAAGUCGAUCAACAACAUCCUAGACUAUAUCGAAAAGGGAUCUGAAACCGAGAAGGCGAGACAGUGCAUGGAGGAAUUCUAUUCGCACACACUGCAAUCCUUCCAAAGUACGAACAACGAGCGGCUCUGGCUAAAAACGAACAUCAAGCUGGCGAAACUGUUCCUCGACCGGAAAGAUUAUGCCGGUGUUACGAAGAAGAUUCGGGAGCUGCACAAGGCAUGUGAGCGGGAGGAUGGUACAGACGAUCCCAGCAAGGGGACCUAUUCACUCGAGAUUUACGCCCUGGAGAUCCAAAUGUACGCCGAAACGAAGAACAACAAGCAGCUAAAGAGGCUUUACGGACGAGCUCUAAAAGUGCGGUCAGCAGUGCCUCAUCCAAAAAUCAUGGGCAUCAUCCGGGAAUGCGGAGGAAAGAUGCAUAUGAGCGAAGAGAAUUGGAAGGAUGCACAGAGCGACUUCUUCGAAUCGUUCCGGAAUUACGACGAAGCUGGCUCGCUACAGCGGAUCCAGGUUCUCAAAUAUCUAGUUCUUACUACGAUGCUGAUGAAAUCGGAUAUCAACCCCUUCGAGUCUCAGGAGACAAAGCCCUACAAGAACGACCCUCGAAUCGCAGCGAUGACUGAUCUCGUCGACGCAUAUCAAAGAGAUGAUAUCCAUAAGUACGAGUCGGUCCUAAACGCCAAUAAGGAUUUGCUGUCGGAUUCUUUUAUUGCUGAGAAUAUCGAUGAAGUGACACGGAACAUGCGAACGAAGGCAGUGCAGAAAUUGAUCGCGCCGUACUCGCGCUUCAACCUUGCAUUCGUCGGCAAAGCACUUAAGAUCCCCGUGUCGGAGGUACAGGACAUCCUGGGCUUCUUGAUAGUGGACCAGAAAGUCAAGGGCAAGAUUAACCAACAAGAUGGAACGGUCGAGAUCGAGGAUAACAGCGAUGCCGAGCGCAUUCAAGCCAUGCAACAAUGGACAUCCGCAAUCGAAUCUCUGUACACGACCGUCUUCGCGACCGGAGAAGGAUUCAGGACGGCCGAUAGUUCACCAAUGAACGAGGAUAGCAACGUCCAUCACAAUAAUAUGAUGUUGGGUAGUGGUGGUAGUGGGGGUAGAGGCGGGUCAUCGUGGGGCAGCAUUCAGAACAAGAAGAAAAGUGGGAAGAAGGGUGCAUAUCAUGCGCCAGAGAAGGGGCCUGGAUGGCGAUCACCAUUGGCGCUGUGGACUGGCGCGCAGCAUGUACUGUACCGUAGAGUACACGAAAUCCUCGUGAGCCUCGCAGCAGAUGUUGAAGACUUUGCAGCCUCGCCUCCGUCCGUGAAAGCUGACAACGGGGACAUAAAACUCUCGCUGGGUCUCUAUGUAUCUCGAAGCAUGUCGGCCGCCGGCCAAUGCGGGACCAGAGGUGAGCGGGAAGCUGCAAGCCCAUGGACCCGUCUCCCUGCUUCCCUGCUUCCCGGUCCGGGCGGAAUGGCCCAGGUUUCCCACCAACCGGCGAAGGCAAGUAUGCGCAUGUGGGGGGCGCCGGCAAGGGAAUGGUAUUCUGAGAAGUUUGAGGACAGAGCAGAAGUUCGAAGAGCCGGGCCAGUACUCAGUACUAUUGACAUGACAAGUGAGGCAUGUAUUGCGAGUGCUGUGUCUCGGCCCCCCCGCAACUGGGCGAGCAUCUUGAAGCCGUGGACACCGCGGCCAAUAAUGCGGAGAGGAUGGCACACCGAUGGGACAGAUGGGACAGAUGGGACAGCUCCCAAUCAACCAGCUGCAGCCAUCCGCUGCCUCCGCACUCCACCCCCAUCGACGCAAGAUACGGUACUGGAGGUUGCUGGCGGUGGUGGAUGGGACUCUGCGAGCCUGUGGCCCCGCGCGGCCCGGAUUGGUGCGAGCCCGAGUCCUAGAUGUUGGGGUGAUGAACACAGCAUCUGUUCCAAGACACUGACUGAAAGGGCCGCCCAAAACAUUCAUCCUCCCGCUCCCGUUGGAGCCCUGGGGGCCCCAAACUAA